AUGCCGCUCCACAUUAAAAAGCCUGAUGCCACAGAACUCAAUAAUCGAUUCAUCUUAGUUCAGAUCAUUGACCACGGCAAGGGGCUGGUCGAAGACUUUCGAAGGGUCGACAUAUCAGAGCUUCGCAAACAGCUCGUCAAUGUUCAAGACCACAAAUUCGAACCCGAGACGCAGAUAAGGGGCUUUCUUCGAGCAUUCCGACACACUGCUGUCUUCAGGCAAGCGUUUGAAGAGCUGAAUGACCGUACAAAAUCCCAGCUAGAAGCCUUCAUGGAAGGCAAGUCAGCGGAAGAUGUGGUAGGCCAUGCAAAAUUCUUCUAUCCCGCACCAAGUCCUGCAGCAAAACAUCAUUUCAGGCUACUUGACUUCCUCAAGUCAUUACAGGAGCGAUUUGACCCGGGCGAAGAAACCGACAAAACUGCCCUGGCGAAAGCUCAGGGUCUCCCCAUCAUAUACGAAGACAAGGCACGGGCGAAAAUCAUGGAGGUAUGCUCUUCCCAUCCAUUCGAUAACUGGGGCCUCUCCGUCCAGAACGUAUCACUGUAUACAUUUGUGCUAACCACUGUCUUGGGGUUGCAAAACCUUGUCCUCUUCUCAAAGGUGAUCAACCUGCGAGUUACAAAUAUUCCGGGUCCAUCGAACGGUGACCCCUUUCCGGCCUCGUUCAAAAACAACGAACUGAAGACGAUCCAGCUUGACCCGAUGGUGUACAGGCUGAUGCCAGCAAGAAGAUGGUGCGCCUUGCCGAUGGACGUGAUUCUCGUGGAAGUCACAUUUGGUGGAGUCAAUGGCCCUGUUUGCCAUGGCGCUGGCUGUCACCACAAGACCAUUUCAGACCAAGUCAGGAUGAUUGAAUACGUCGACCCUAAUGGCAAGGUCCAGGUUACCACCAACACAACCCACCUCAGAGCGGCAGCUGGAUGUUUUGGCCUUCAAGGCAUAAUCACACACAUCACGCUUGAGCUGGACUACAUAUUAUAUGCUAUCAUGGCGCCACGCAAGCCGGAUAUAUGCGCCUAG